UUCUUCGAGCUCGUCGAAUCGUACGACGGCGAGGCUCGCGCGCGGCUCCUCCUCUUCGCGACGGGCUACGCGCGGCUCCCGCCGGGCGGCUUCGCGCGCCUCGCGCCGAGGCUGACCGUGACCGUCGACGUGCGCGGCGACCCGGCGCGCCUCCCGACGGCCCACACGUGCUUCAACGCGCUCACGCUGCCGCCCUACGCGUCCCGCGCCGACCUCGCCGCGAAGCUCGGCGUCGCCCUCGCCCACGGCGCCCACUUCGGCCUGCGCUAG